AUGCAGGGAGCCAACUUUUCAUCAGUGACUGAAUUCAUCUUCAUUGGCUUCUCCACCUUCCCUCAUCUUCAGCUGAUGUUCUUCCUGCUAUUCCUGCUGAUGUACCUGUUCACGCUGCUGGGGAACCUGCUCAUCACGACCACCAUCUGGAGGGAGCGCAGCCUCCACACACCCAUGUACCUCUUCCUGUGUGCCCUCUCCAUCUCUGAGGUCCUCUACACCUUUGCCGUCAUCCCACGCAUGCUGGCCGACCUGCUCUCCACCCACCACUCCAUUGCUUUGACAGCCUGUGCCAGCCAGAUGUUCUUCUCCUUCACAUUUGGCUUCACCCACUCCUUCCUGCUCACUGUCAUGGGCUAUGACCGUUAUGUGGCCAUCUGCCACCCCCUGCGUUACAAAGUGCUAAUGAGCCCCCAUGGCUGUGCCUGCCUGGUGGCUUGGUCUUGGGCUGGAGGCUCAGUCAUGGGGAUGGUGGUGACAUCAGCCAUUUUCCACCUCACUUUUUGUGGCUCUAAUGUGAUCCAUCAUUUUGUCUGCCAUGUGUCUCCUCUCCUUAAGUUGGCCUGUGGGGACAAUGUCUCCACUGUGGCCACAGCCAUGGGCCUGGUAUGUAUCUCAGCCCUCCUGGGCUGCUGCCUCCUCAUCCUUCUCUCCUAUGCCUUCAUCGUGGCUGCCAUCCUAAGGAUCCCCUCAGCUGAGGGCCGGCACAAGUCCUUCUCAACAUGUGUGUCCCACCUCACUGUGGUGGUUGUGCACUACGGUUUUGCCUCUGUCAUCUACCUCAAGCCCAAGGGUCCUCAGUCUCUGGAAGGAGACACGCUGAUGGGCAUCACCUACACAGUGCUCACUCCCUUCCUCAGCCCCAUCAUCUUCAGCCUCAGGAACAAGGAGCUGAAGAACACCAUGAAAAAGACCUUCCUCAGUAAGCUCUACCCAGAAAAAAUUUGA